AUGGGCUUUCGAAGAGGAGGGUUUCCAGUAUCCGAGGUGUACAAAAAUAGUGGCAGAGAAGACUUAAACCUCUCAAAAUGCACUAAUAUUCCUUGGUUCUGGGAGCCACACUUGGACCUAUUUCCUCAGUGGCUCUGGCUCUCAGACGACUGGAUAGCAGCCGACCAAGUCCCCGAACCGCCCUCACUGGAAUGGAAGACUGAUUCGGGCCAAGAUGCCGCCGAUGAUGAAGUACCGUCAUUGCAACUUGCCCCAUGGGGAGGAGUCCCGGAUUUUCUCCCUCAACCACCCGCCGAAGGAUACAUGUACAAUCACAAUGGUCCUUUUGUCAUUAUUUCAGACCCGACCUACAGAGGCCUCUCAGACGCCAAAUUGGAAAUUGUACCUCCCGGACCCUUCUGGAUCGGAGUCAAUGUUCAAGAUAGUCGGUGCAUGCCGCUCUCUGCCGGUGUCUUUGUCGGCUUUCGCAGAAAUGGUCGUCCACAGAAAAAUCCUUGGUGGUGGGAGUGUGUGUAUGCCAAACUAGAUAAAAGAGGACGUGUAUUUCUUCAUGCUUAUAACUACAACUAUCUGGGAAUGCCCCUCACACCUCUUGAUAACUACAGGUUCCGACCAAAACAGCGAGAUGUCAUCUGGAUUGCGAGUCUGGCAACGGCUACGAGGCAGCAGAUACAAAAGUAUGUCACCCAAGGGACACAACACUGGGAUGACAAGGGUGUUCUCUAUCAUGGUCAUGGCUGGGUUCGUAAUGAGCUCAGAGCGGCUUUUUUCUUGCCUCCAUAUAGGUUUUGA